AUUAUUUAACAAUUUUGCACAGAGUGAAGCUUAGUUAGUAAUUAAAGUAGGAUUUUAUAUAAUUAAGUCAGCAUUUAAAACGGUUAAAAACUAGUCAAAAAAUGAUACGACGACAAACAAUGUUGGUAGCGCAGUUUCAGCGCGUAUUGGACAAGCGAAAUAUUUCAUACAAAAAUUUACUUGCACUAAAAGGACGUGGUUUCUUCCAAGACAUAUUUCCUGAUACGGCAAAUGAUCAGAUGAAAGCGCUCUUUACCAGCGGACCUCAAACAAUUUAUGCCGGCUUUGAUCCAACAGCAGAUAGCUUACAUGUGGGCAAUUUGUUGGUGAUAAUGGGCUUGUUGCAUUGUCAACGGGCCGGUCACAAUCCCAUUGCACUGGUUGGAGGCGCUACCGGCUUGAUUGGCGAUCCCAGUGGGCGCAAAACGGAGCGAAAUCAAAUGGGUGAAAUGGAAAUCGAGACGAAUUUGAAAUCCAUUAAAAGCCAAUUAGAACGCGUCUUUAAAAAUCAUCAAGAAUGCCUGUGGAACGAAAGCAAAAACAAGAAACAUCUUCCUGAUCUAAGAGUGGUAAACAAUGCGGACUGGUAUGUGAAUAUGAACCUCGUCGAUUUCAUUGCUAAUAUGGGUCGUCACUUUCGUAUGGGCUCCAUGCUCUCACGAUCUUCCGUACAAACGCGUUUGGAGGCGGAGUCUGGUAUGAGUUUCACGGAAUUCACAUAUCAAAUUUUCCAAGCAUACGAUUGGUUGCAUUUAUGCCGUACGUACGAUUGCCGUUUUCAAAUGGGUGGCUCAGAUCAGAUGGGUAAUCUAAUGACGGGGCAUGAGUUGAUAAGUCGCGUAAUUAAGAAAACAGUUUAUGGCAUGACACUACCGUUAGUCACCAAUGAGGAAGGUGAUAAAUUUGGUAAAUCAGCGGGAAACGCCAUAUGGUUGGACGCGGAGAAGACCUCGGCAUUUGCGUUGUAUCAGUUCUUUGUACGUAUGCCAGACUCUGAGGUCGAAAAAUUGUUGCAUUUGUUUACAUUUAUACCACUGCCGGAAGUUGAACAGUUGAUGCGUGAACAUAGAAGGGAACCCGAAAAACGAAAGGCACAAACAAUAUUGGCAGAAGAUGUAACGUUAUUAGUACAUGGAGAAAAAGGACUUAAACAAGCUGAGCGCAUUACAGAUGCUCUUUACAAGGGUAGUGUUGAUGCAUUGGGUGAACUUAAUUAUGAGGAAGUGAAAAGUGUAUUUGCAGGGGCGAAAGUUGUAGACAUUCUAGCUGAGCCAGGCAUGUCAAUGCUGCAACUGGCAAUGAAAGCCCAAUGUUUUAUUACCGAAAGUGACGCUACGCGCAUCAUUACCGCUGGCGGCUUUUAUGUGAACCAAAAGCGCGUACAAAACAUCGCUGAAAUUAUCACAGCUGGCAUACAUGUACUCAAAAACGGACUUUCGUUGCUGCGCGUAGGGAAAAGGAAUUUCUACAUCGUGCGUUGGCUUAAAUAGCCGAGAACAGUUGAGAGUUGAAGGAAUAUGUUGUGUGUGCUUUCGUUAAAAAAAAGACUAAAGUGU